AUGCCGUGCCCCUGUGAAGCUGGAAAAUGUGGAUGCAAAGAAGAUUGCCUGAAAUCAGGUCAAUGUUCUUGUGAUACCAACUGUACACAUUGUCACCAAUCGAGUCAAGGCUGUGGAAAAGAAGGAUGCAAAUGUGAAGACUGUAAAUGUCCACAAGGCACUGCUUUACAUCACGGAUGGAAACGCACGUGUGGCAGUCGUGAUAAUUUGUAA